GCUACCUGUGAACAGUACGAGCAAAGAUGUUUGGCCUGCGCGCGGGGGGCGCGGGUUCUCCAUUCGCGCAGGCGCAUUCACUGCGGUCGUCGUCCUAACUUCCAUGGAAGCAUUGGAAGGUCGGGAUUGCGAGAUUGCUACGAGGGUGCUGCUGCUGCGCCACCGCGCAAACGUCGCGAGAAUUGUUCCACCUCUGCGCGCGUACUGUAUGUCGUUGACUGGGCGCUUCUGCAAUUGACACACCUCGACAAGCCGAUUAAAGUGUUGAACUUGUAUCCAAAUGCACAAAAGAAAGAAGAAAGUCGUUCUCUCUACUGUGAUUUCGGCAGGAUGCUAUUGACCUGUGCAAGUUGCUGUGUUCUUCCUUCGCACGUCUAUUUUGGAUCGUGAAACAGCUGUGCGCUGCCGCCCUAGCGGAGUUGUCCCAGUAGCGCAGCGCACGAAGGAGUCGUCCGUGGCCAGCGUUCUCGCCGUGUUGUUGGUGCGUUCGUGUACGGGGGAAUUGUGGGGAAGUCUCCGCAGAUGGGGCUUCCGACGCGCGCGGCGCCACAUCGGUGACCGCGGCAGCGGUACCGGCCCUACUCAUCCGCGGUGUGCUCAAUGCCUGUCCGUGUGUUGUGAGAAGGGUUAACGGCGGAUAGUCUUUCCGCCGAGCUCCUUGAUGCUAGACUCGACGUUGCUGCGCAAGCGCUUCUACAAGAAGCUCAACAUCCCCGGCAUGGAGGGACGCGGCCCGCCCGCCGUGGCGGCCCCGGAGAAUGCCAGCGAGCGGCCCACCACCCUCGUUGGGCCCCUGGCCCGCAACUUUUGCGUCAAGUACCUUGGCUCCAUGUGUUUAGACCGGCGUUACACUACGCCGAUGUUGCCUUGGAUCGUGGCAGAUCUACGGCGCGAAGGCCUGCGAAAACCCUUGGACGUGCUUCUUGAAGUACGCGACUCGUCUCUCAAGGCGCGGUCCUACCAUGACGAGCGACUCGUGUUCGACCAUCCACUUCAGUCAAUAUCCAAGUUCUCCCAUUCGAGCGCUGAUCGUACCUGCUUCACGUACCUGCAGAGAAACGCACCUGACGAGCUGCCCUACUGUCACGUCUUCCAGGCUAGCGACAAGGACACGGUGGUGGAGCUGUUCAUGACGGUUCGAGAGGUGAGCAAGGAACUGUCACUGCACCAUGGCGCUGGUGCCUCCCUUGCAAGAGCGGGCAGCUGCACCGACCUAGGAGGCGCCAGCGGAGUGCACCAGUUUGAAGUGCUGUACGUGGGCAAGAUCAAGGGCUCGUCCAAGCAGAGCAUGCACAACUUUCUAGACGAUGCUGUUGAGAAAGCACGGGCACGCCAGGCUCCAGAGGCCAGCGUGCACCCAGCCACCAGCGAAGGUCCCACGAUCAUGUCAAGUGCAGCAAGUGUAGAGAGUGUGAGCAGUUCGCUGGAGAACAUCAGCGAGGGCAACCCAGUGGACGCUCGGGAAGCGCUGCUCGAGGAUCUACGCUGCUGUGGUAGCGGCGGCAACAUUGGCGGCAGCGGAGGGGAUGCAUCGCUGCUCGCACCACCGCCGCACACGCUAAUCACGCAUACACACAGCCUGGAUGCCCAGUCUCGCCAGGCACUCUGCCAUGAGCUGCAGAAUGCUGCAGGAAGUGGGACCCGGGGCUCAUCAGCACGAGUUCGCUCAGUAAGUGGCGACCAGCCACGACCUACGAAGCAGACGUCGCUGCCAACGUUUCGGCCGCGUGUGAGCAGUGGGGGUGCCGUGGAUCUCCGUCGACUUCUGCAGUCUGAGCGGCGCAGCAAUCGCACCAUGCUGCUCCUGGUGCUUCAGAAAGAGCUGCGAUUGCUCAGCACCGAUCGCAAGCAGAUCCUAGUGAGUCGACCCUUCGCCGACAUCUCGCGAUGUUACCAGGGCAUCAAGUACACUGACCACUUCGGCUUCAACUGCCGUGAUUCCUCACUGUCCUCAACUGACAAGUAUAUCGCUUACAUCUUCAAGUGCUCCUCUGUCCAAGUGGCGAACGAGAUAAUGCAGACGCUGAAGCAAGCCUUUCGCAGCGCGCACCAAAACCAUGUGCAAAAGGAAGGUGGCUCCGCAGUGCAGUCAUUGUGCGAUUCCUGUCCCAUGCAUCGAUUCCACAAACUUUGCCUCGAGCUGGAAGGACUGUCCCCAGAGGACUGCUGUAUCUUCAUCCAGAAGUACAUCCAGGGCUUGUCUGACUCGGAUAAACAGAUAAUUGCCGGCAGAUACCAGCUGGGUGACUGCAGGACGGUGCAGGACAAGAAUGAGCUUUACAUGAUGCUGCUGCGGCACCUGUACGAGCAGAAGCAGGCCAAGCAUAGCCAUGCGCAGAAGUCUGAGGGACUCCUAGACUUGAAGACGCCAUCAUUUGUGUUCGACAGCUUCAAGGAAAAGGCCAAGAAGUCCAUCACAAACUCAUUUGACACCAUUUUAAAGAGAAGAGGCAGAGAGCCGCGUGGAAGAUCGGCCACGCUUCCGUCUGAGGAAGCAUUUAAACUUACUCUGAGCGACGCGUCACCUACGGGUUCCCGAGAAGGCAGCUGUGACCCCACCACUCCAGUGCGGAGCUCGUCACCACAGCUGCUGCGGCCACGCAGCUCUACUGUCAGCACUCCAGAAACGCCCAAGCGCAGUCCGCUGGUGAACAUAUUCAUGAAGGUGGGAGCCACGCGGCGCCAUUCUUCGAGUGAUGAGGAGCCAACUGAGGCGGCCACCGAGGAAACCUCAUGCAGGCAGUCUAUAUUCCAGCGAGUCAAUACGCCCGUCCGAGGCAGCAACCACAGCGGGGAUUAUCCAGGGGAGCCGCCGUUGACCCCUGGUUUCCCUGUGCGCCGAACGCGGGAGGAGCUUCGCUCUCUGUGGCGCAAGGCCAUCCAGGAGCAGGUGCUGCUUAUCCGCAUGGAGAAGGAGAAUAGGCAGCUGCAAGCGAGCCAGGAUGAAGCAAGCAGCAAGCGCUUGCGACUGGACUACGAGGAGGUUGGAGGUGGCCCCUGUGAUGCCGAGUCGGCUGAACGCUGGGAUGAGCUUCUGGCACGGCCCCCAGGGGGCCGCAUUAACCCAGACACUCUACUGGAACUGGUUCGAGCAGGUGUACCGAGGCACCGACGUGGCGAGAUCUGGCUCCUUUUGGCUGAACAGUACCAGAUGCGAUCGUCGCCUGUCGCUGAGGUAGAAUCCAUGACAACUACAACUUACGAGCAACUACUGAACCAGCUGACAACUCACCAGCAUGCCAUCCUCAUCGACCUUGGGCGGACAUUCCCCAGCCACCCAUUCUAUCGUGACAGCCUGGGAGCUGGCCAACUCUCACUGUACAACCUACUCAAAGCAUAUUCGCUGCUUGACCCACAAGUGGGCUACUGCCAAGGACUCAGCUUUGUUUCGGGUGUGCUUCUGCUGCAUAUGACUGAGGAGCAGGCCUUUGGUAUGAUGAAGCAUCUGCUGUUCCACUUGGGGCUACGGCGGCAAUACAAGCAAGACAUGGGCGCAUUACAGGUGCAGCUGUAUCAGUUGUGCCGCCUGCUGUACAGUCAUCAUCGAGAGCUGUACCAGCACCUGGACCACUUCGACAUUGCUCCGGCUUUGUACGCUGCGCCCUGGUUCCUCACCCUGUUUGCCUCUCAGUUCCCUCUGGGAUUCGUCUCUAGGCUCUUCGAUGCCGUGUUUUUGCAGGGUAUGGAGGCAGUGUUCAAGGCAGCCCUGUCUCUUCUGUCACACUUUGCCGAUACACUACUGAGCUGCAACAGUUUUGAGUCCAUCAUGGAGUGCUUCAAGAACACCCUGCCUGCACUGGAUGCACCCACCAUGGAAAGCAUUGUCUCUGGAAUCUUCUCUUUGGACCUGGGCCAGGAGCUGGUGUCCUACCAAGUCGAGUACCACCUCUUGCAAGAAGAGAUGGUCUACACACCGAAGAGGCCCGGCCUUUCAUCGGCUGACCUCGAAGAAAACCGUACUCUGCGGCGCCAGAACAUGGAGCUUCUGGAACAACUUCAGGUGGCAAAUAACAAUGUGAGCCGCCUCGAGGCCUCGGUAAGCUCGUACCAAGGCACGGUGCAACACUUGGAGAAGCGCAUCCGCCAGCUGGAAGACGAGCGGGACGCACUACUGCACAGCAACGCAGCUCUGCGCCACCGGCUAGACCGACUGGAGUCUGCAGACGAGCGCAAUGUGCGGUCGCUCAGCUUCGGAGCUUCGGGGGAAGCGCACGACGACAUCGCACAGCUCGUGCGCCGGCUGGGCGACCAGGGCCCAUUGCCGGAAGAAGAAGAGUGGUGCCCGCCUCGCGCCGAUGGCUGUGACGGCCUCUAAGAGACGGCGGUUACGCAGAGACCACCAGUGCUUUGGACUGCAUGUGGAGAGGUUAGGCGAUUGAUGAGUGGCUGAUGCAUGUAGAUUUUGCUUUAUGAUCUAAAAUGUGACAGAAAAUAUGCUAUCGAGAGAGGCAAGCUUUCACCAUUUUUCUCUGUGCAAAAGACUACUCUCGCAGUUUAUUUGGCAUUAGCUUUAGCUGCAACACUGAUGCAUGGGAGGUUACAAAGCAGCAUUAUAGAAUGAUAGUUUGGGCAACUUGGGAAGUAGCUUGUUGUACAAAGUUCUUGCGACCAGGCUAAGAACAUUAAGAAAGCGCAUUUCCACGCUUUCUCUCCUUCAUUUCUGUCCUGUUUAUGUUGUUUUGUGUACUAAGAGUCGUGACUACAAGUGCGAGAUUUUUCAGCGACUGGCACACGCAAAUGGCCCCUAUACGAUCUCACUUGUAAGAAUAAAGCAAGCGUUAUAAGCAGAAGGAGCAACAGGGAUGUGCUCUUUGUUUGGGUAUCCUGGUUGUGUUUUAGGUCACAGUAAUGUUGACUCCUAAUAGGCAGACAUAAAGUCAUGCACAGAUUAUGAUUGGAAAUAUAUUUGCAGAUUACGUUUGUCAAACUUGUUUUUAUGUUGUGAAAUCUUUAAAAAAACAUUAUUGUUGAAGUGACAGUGCAAUGAAAGAAAUGUCAGCUGCUACCUUACAGUCCUCACCUUCUGGUUUUUCUCCUAGGCUCGUACAAGUUAUGAGCAAUAAUGAGUCUAAAUCAGUGUUGAAGUAAUGUAUCACAACGUUUCUCUUUGUGGCUCUUAACAGUAAGACUGUACAUUGAGCCAAAUCAGGCCUAAAUUUAGCGAGCUUUUAUUUAAAAAAAGAAGAAAGAUGUAUGUGCUAAAUGGGCAGUUAGCGCAGCUAGCAUGCAACAGAGGGGGACAGUAAUGUAAUUUUCAAGUGGCAUGGGCAACGUGGGGGGGGGGCCUCACUGUGAUAGGAGUGCCUCAAAGUAUAGAAGUUCACAGUACGUCAGUUUACAAAUCAACCUUAUGCAAUGCAUGCUGCACCAUUGUGCCCUAUAAAGUGCAGAAUGGCUGUACCUUGAUGCGGGCCUGGUUUAAAAAAGUUAUCUGUAAAGGUGGGCGGCCAUGUCCAUGUUGGAUCGGCUGCUGAAGACAGUGCAGCUGCUGUCAGCACAGGUUCUUAGAAGAGUUUCAGUGACUGAAACGAUGUAGAGGCAACCAAUGUGAGAUGACGAGAUUAUGUGACUUUAGGUCUCAGUUGAUGAACAGCUACAUAUCCCCAAGUUUAUUUCGCAGGAAGGCUUUAUGGCAACAGUUCCACUGCAGCAAGGAUUCCUAUGUGAAGUCGAGAAGGCUUCUACAGUUGGGGCUUAUAAUUUAUCAGCUUGAGUGGUAAUCUCAGUAAAAGCUUAUCUUUUUUUUAAUGAAAUUUACAAUCGGUAUUUAAAAAAAAAUGGAAUAAAGAUGGGGUGUAGUUGCUGGAGAUUGAGUAUAAAUUUGCUCUGCUCUGUAUUUAUUGGUCUUCAGGAGGCAAAGCAGUAAUGUGGUUAAGGGCACUGGGAGAGGCUUGUCACUAUAGUAUGACAGCCAAUGCUAGGAAGUCCCCUAGUCAGAGCUGCAAGAGGACGCUGUGGCUUGUGUGAUGCUCGUACAGUUUACCCGUUACCCUUUACUUCAGUCUUUUUCAGUUCUAAUAUCAGGGUGAAGGCUUGUGCUGCCACAAAUCAAGGGCCCCCAAUUGGUUAUGUGCUGUGUGCGUUUGCAUAGGCAGCUCUUUUAACGUUUUAGAGCCAGCAGGAAAGGGCAGCUACCAUUGUGUUGCCUGACAGACGAUAUAUCUCGCGGUCUUGUACAUGUUUCACAAUAUUUCCCUUUGGGUUUGUUUUGCCACGUUUUAGCAUGCCCUCUGGUGCUAGUCACUAUUAGGAAAGGGGGCUCAUCACAUUUGUCUUCCUACCCUGGUACCAAACCUGCGCUCUCAUAGUCAUAUUUUGGAGGUAUAGCAGUCGUGUGUUGAAGGAUAUGGAUAGGCACACAGUGUUGAAUGAAAAAAAAAAAAAUAAUGUAUAUCAAAAUUUUGCACGUUGCGCACCUCUGCAACAUAUUUUUUUAAAAACUGAUUUUUUACUAAUUCUCUUCUGCUCAGUGAUCUGUUCAGAGUUGUGGCUUUGGAAGCUGGUACUGUGUUUACCUAUUACAACAGGUUCUUGCAAAGCAAAUCCUCAGUUUCAGACAAGCUCGCAGACCUGUUAGUUACGUUAGUUAAAGGCAAGCAUCAACUAACGUACACUAUUUCUGUUCUAUCUGUGCAGUCUUGCAGAAUGGGAAAUCACAGUAAUAAGCCAAGGGAAGGACCAUUUCUACUGUCUUUUUUUUUUUUUUUUUCACUUUUAGACUAAAUCUUUCUGUUGAGUUUUAACUUUUGCAUUAAGCAAUGUAAUGCCGAAUUUGGUGAUACAAAUAGAUAUGCGCUUAUACAAAUUGGGGCUAAGGCCUGUUGGACUUGUCUACUGCUGUGCAUUUACAGCAGAAAGCUACACAGCAAGUUAGCAGCUGCCAUUGAAAACUUUGAAUGUUCUUGUCUAUGUAUGUUGAUUGACUUGUGAACCUUAGUUUCUUAUUGCUGUUUUGUGACAAGUUAAGCUCUUUGUUUUCGAAGAAAAGUAUAUGCCGUCUAGGUACGAAUAGAGCAGCAAUAGUAUUGUCAUCUGAGUGGCCUCACGUGGACUUGACCUCAGAGCAUCUCAUCUAUUGAUGUUUAUCCACAAGGUAGUCAGUUGGUUGAAAAAAGAAUGGCAUGUCUUGCAUGUUUCACAUUUGUAUCAUACAGAAGAAUCAUUACUUGCAGCUGAUUUGAAUGGCUGCUACUGUUAUAUAUGUAUUACUGUAGUGCACGUUCCUCGUCCAGUCCUGCUGCAAACUUUCGAAAGGCUGAAAGCUGGCAUACAGGUAGCUAGUAGUGAUAAAGCUUUGUAUGCGGAGUGCGUGCUUGCUUGCUUCAAAGGCUUAUUUAAGUUCUGUGGACUAGUGCCAUGGUUCACGCUAAGGGCAAUUCUUGAUUUGGGACGUCGCUUGCAAGGCCUGAUUUUGAGUAGGGUGUGCACCGUGCCAUCCUGCACUUGCAGCCUGCUCGGAGUGGUGCCUUAGUUUUGCCAACGAGUGUGUUGCAAAAUCCAAGGCCAAUGCCGGGCAGUUCCCUUCACUUUGCAUGCAGCUGUGUUAUAGCCAGGGUUUACAGCAGACAGGGGCGUAAUCUUGAUUCUUGUAUAUGUGGUGCUUUUGAGGCUGUUAUGUGAUGUCUUUGUUGUUGCUGUUGAUACAAGCUAUCAGUUGCUUGUUACAAAAAUCGAGUUCGUCAUUGUAUUAAAAAAAAAAACAAAAAAAAACAAGAAACUGGCUUUAUUCUUCA